AUGCUAUCAAAAGUACAAAUCUCCUUGGCAAUUCUUUCAAUUCUUGUCAUUUUCAUUCAUGCUGAAACUGUCUGUAACGGCACCGAAUUGAGUGUUGAAAACGAUGCGGAGGUUGGCUUGUUAACCGAAAAACCGUGCACCAAAGUAUAUGGAAACAUUGUGAUUCGAAAUUUGCACAGUCCAAAACGUAUGCCAAACUACUGGACUGUUGAAGAACUUUACGGAUCUCUUAUCAUUGAGAAUACAACUAACUUGGGGGAUUCAGUGAAUCUUCAGAAUCUUAGAGCCAUUCGUGCAGAUGCCUUUCCGGCUAUCGUCGUGAGAGGAAACCAGGGAUUGAAGUUAGCAAUUGGUGCAAGACUCGGUCUUGUUUCCACUAAACAUAGUAUUACUUACUACUUCGCUGAUAACUGGCCAGCUUACAUGACAGAGAGUCAACACUACACUCUCUUCAUGGCAUCUGAAAAACGUCGUCCAAUCUUUCUAACCGAUAAUCAUUUCCUCACAAAACAGUGUGAUGAAUGGUAUUACAGUCUCUGGACUUUCGUCUUUGCAAUUCUCUGCUUUGUGGCAGCUGUUGCCUUGAUUGGAAUUUCAAUUUAUGGAAGAAGAGAUGAAAAGAAAAAGAUUCUUUGA